GUGCGAGCAAAUGUCAGCCUUCCGUUCGUGCGUACAAGUGCCGACUGUAGCGUCGAUUCUUUCUUCACCCUUGAUGGCAGUUUUGUCGUCGAACUUCAUAACUUCACUAUCGAUCUCGAGCUGAACAUCAGACGAAAUGAAACAUCAGGAAGGAACAUUUUUGAGGUACCUUACUGCGAGACCACUCAUUCGGAUGUUGUCAUCCUACUCGAAGAGGACUCACUACUAAACAUCAUUCAAGGAACACUCCGCAGCACGAUGUCAGAUGCGGUGAAAACACAGAUCUGUGAGACAAUUUUGGAUGCGGUGAAAUUCGUUGACUCGCAGGAAUUGCAGAUUCAGCGGCUGAAAGAACCAGCCGCUACGUCCUCUCCAUUGCCGAAGUCUGACGAUGAAGCCGCAUCUCCAGGAUCAUGGAGCGCCAAUCUUGAUCUUGUCUAUCCACCGAGGUUCAGUGACGAGGAUGUAGUGUUUGGUGUUGACGGAGGUCUGCUCUUCAACGGCGCUCCAGCCGAUAACGUCGAACAUCCACCAGCGUUGAACACAAGUGUUCUUAACACGAAG